AGACCGGGUCAACUGAGCCGGGGGCGGGGGGAUUUAAUUCAGCCGGAGGAAGGGGGCGGGGAGAGUCGUGGGGGGCACCUGACACUUCGCCACCAUGAACGUGGUUUUUGCUGUGAAGCAGUACAUUUCCAAAAUGAUAGAGGACAGCGGGCCUGGGAUGAAAGUGCUGCUCAUGGACAAAGAGACGACUGGUAUCGUGAGUAUGGUAUAUACACAAUCAGAGAUUCUUCAGAAGGAAGUAUAUCUCUUUGAACGCAUUGAUUCUCAAAAUCGAGAGAUCAUGAAACACCUGAAGGCAAUUUGUUUUCUUCGACCUACAAAGGAGAAUGUGGAUUAUCUGAUUCAGGAACUCCGAAGACCCAAAUACAGUAUAUAUUUUAUUUAUUUCAGUAAUGUGAUCAGCAAAAGUGAUGUGAAAUCAUUAGCUGAAGCUGAUGAACAGGAAGUUGUGGCUGAGGUUCAGGAAUUUUAUGGUGAUUAUAUUGCUGUGAAUCCACAUUUGUUUUCCCUCAAUAUUUUGGGUUGUUGUCAGGGUCGAAACUGGGAUCCAGCCCAGCUCUCCAGAACAACUCAAGGACUGACAGCUCUCCUUUUAUCUCUGAAGAAGUGUCCCAUGAUCCGUUAUCAGCUUUCAUCAGAGGCAGCAAAGAGACUUGCAGAAUGUGUUAAGCAAGUGAUUACUAAGGAGUAUGAACUGUUUGAAUUCCGGCGGACAGAGGUUCCUCCACUACUACUUAUUUUAGAUCGCUGCGAUGAUGCCAUCACUCCUUUACUCAACCAGUGGACAUACCAGGCCAUGGUUCAUGAACUCCUAGGCAUAAACAACAAUCGGAUUGAUCUUUCCAGAGUGCCGGGGAUCAGUAAAGACUUACGAGAGGUGGUCCUAUCUGCUGAAAAUGAUGAAUUCUAUGCUAAUAAUAUGUACCUAAACUUUGCAGAGAUUGGUAGCAAUAUAAAGAAUCUUAUGGAAGACUUCCAGAAGAGGAAACCAAAAGAACAACAAAAACUAGAAUCAAUAGCAGACAUGAAGGCCUUUGUUGAGAAUUAUCCACAGUUUAAGAAGAUGUCUGGGACUGUAUCAAAGCAUGUGACAGUAGUUGGAGAACUGUCUCGGUUGGUCAGUGAGCGGAAUCUGCUGGAAGUUUCAGAGGUUGAGCAAGAAUUGGCCUGUCAAAAUGACCAUUCUAGUGCUCUUCAGAAUGUAAAGAGACUUCUGCAGAACCCCAAAGUGACAGAGUUUGAUGCUGCCCGUCUGGUGAUGCUUUAUGCUUUACAUUAUGAGCGACACAGCAGCAACAGCCUUCCAGGACUAAUAGUUGACCUCAGAAACAAAGGUGUUUCUGAGAAGUAUCGAAAGCUCGUGUCUGCAGUUGUUGAAUACGGUGGUAAACGAGUUAGAGGAAGUGACCUCUUCAGCCCCAAAGAUGCUGUAGCUAUUACCAAACAGUUUCUCAAAGGACUGAAGGGAGUAGAAAAUGUGUAUACACAGCAUCAGCCCUUCCUACAUGAAACUUUGGACCAUCUCAUCAAAGGAAGACUUAAGGAAAACCUCUAUCCUUAUCUAGGCCCCAGCACACUCAGAGACAGACCUCAGGAUAUCAUUGUGUUUGUAAUUGGAGGAGCCACCUAUGAAGAGGCACUAACAGUUUAUAACCUGAACCGGACCACACCCGGAGUGAGGAUUGUCCUGGGAGGAACAACAGUGCACAACACGAAAAGUUUCCUAGAGGAAGUUCUGUCUUCUGGACUACACAGCAGAGGCAGGGAGAGCUCUCAAGUCACCUCGAGGUCAGCAAGCAGAAGAUGAAAUGGUGACAGAGAGUGGGUACCAUGGCACAGGUUCCCCUCCUGCUUGCUCCACAGGCCUUCCCUGAUGGCCAGCUAGCCUGCUGGUUCCUGAACGGCUGGCGGGCAUCAAGACUGGGGAUAAGCUGAGAAGUUGAAACCCACCCCAACCCACUUUCUCUCAGUUUCCUUAUCAAAUAAAUGUUUCUUUGUAUAUUUGAUAGCACAAUCACGCUCCUGUCUGAUAGAUUUUGUUGAGAUCCUAUUUGGGAAAAGGAUUAUCAGAGCCGAGAGGCCUGCAAAAGAGCCAGAUGAGGUACAUACCUCCCUCUUCAAUUUCCUCUCUUUCCUUGGCCCUUUCUUCUUUCUGUUCACCACAUUCCUAUAUAACUCAUUUCAGAGACCUCACCGUGUUUCUUGAGAGAACCAUGAAAAAGGUAUUUGUCCCCAUGUUGCAAUUUUCUGUGGCACUGAGAAACUAUGAAUGACUACAAUAAAACUUCAUUUUGUGGAAA